GCCGCCGCCUCCUCCCCCUCUCCCGUGGCCGGCCCGAGUAGCUCGGCAGAGCGGCUGCUGCGGGACGGACUGUGCUGCUCCUGAGCCCGCUCCCUGACCCUUGCCCCGGCUGCGCCGGGCCCGCAGCGCCACCGGGCUAUCGCGACAAGCGGGGACCCUAUCGCCAGUGUGCGGCUGCGGCGGCUCCCCCAGGGGACGCGGGGCGGCCGGGGGGUCCGGCUCGGAUGGCGGAGGGGACCCAGCCCCAGCAACAGCUUCUCCCCGGCGGCGGAGCCCCCCGGGGCGUGAAGCGGGAGCCGGAGCUGGAGCAGCCCAUGCCCGGAGGGGACGGCGCCGAGACCGGCCACAGCAAGCGGCUGAGGACAGAGGCGGAGGCGGGCGGCGGCGGCGGCAUGCAGAAUGAGCCUCUGACCUCAGGUUAUCAUGGAUACCCUGCGAGGGACAAUCAAGGUAACCAGGAGCCAACAGCCACUCCUGAUGCAAUGGUCCAGCCAUUCACCACAAUCCCGUUCCCACCACCCCCACAGAAUGGGAUCCCCACAGAGUAUGGGGUGCCACACACUCAGGACUAUGCAGGCCAGACCAGCGAGCACAAUCUGACACUCUACGGAAGUACGCAGGCGCAUGGAGAGCAGAGCACGAAUACGCCCAGCACGCAGAAUGGAUCUCUUACGCAGACAGAAGGAGGGGCACAGACAGAUGGACAGCAGUCACAGACACAAAGCAGUGAGAAUACCGAGAGCAAGUCAACUCCAAAGCGGCUUCAUGUCUCUAACAUUCCCUUCCGCUUCCGGGAUCCAGACCUCCGGCAGAUGUUUGGGCAGUUCGGCAAAAUCCUUGAUGUAGAGAUAAUCUUUAAUGAGCGUGGCUCCAAGGGAUUCGGGUUCGUAACUUUCGAGAAUAGUGCUGAUGCAGACAGGGCCAGGGAGAAAUUACACGGCACCGUGGUAGAGGGCCGUAAAAUCGAGGUGAAUAAUGCCACAGCGCGAGUGAUGACCAAUAAGAAGAUGGUCACGCCAUAUGCAAAUGGUUGGAAAUUGAGCCCUGUGGUUGGAGCAGUGUACGGCCCCGAGUUAUACGCAGCGUCCAGCUUUCAAGCAGAUGUCUCGCUGGGCAAUGACGCCGCAGUGCCCCUGUCAGGAAGGGGGGGUAUUAACACUUACAUUCCUUUAAUCAUUCCAGGCUUCCCCUACCCAACUGCAGCCACCACAGCAGCUGCAUUCCGGGGAGCACACCUGAGGGGUCGAGGACGAACAGUAUACGGUGCAGUCCGGGCAGUACCCCCCACGGCCAUCCCUGCCUACCCAGGAAUAGUCUUACAGGAACCAAUCAUUAGCGCUAAAAUACCUCAGGGUGGAUAUGCAGCCUACAGAUAUGCACAGCCUGCUACUGCAACAGCAGCCACGGCCGCUGCCGCCGCUGCAGCAGCUUACAGCGAUGGUUAUGGCAGGGUGUACACAGCAGACCCUUAUCACGCCCUUGCCCCUGCCGCUAGCUACGGAGUUGGCGCUGUGGCGAGUUUAUACCGAGGUGGCUACAGCCGAUUCGCCCCCUACUGAAGUGACGUGAGCUCCUGCAAGUGGGACAGCCCCCCCAGUUCAUGAGGCCUGGCUAUUGCAAUAUUUACUAGUAGAGGAACUCUAUAGCAAGAUGAGGAGGAAAAACAAAAAAAACAAAAGAGAAAAUACUUUUUUAUACCUCACUAUGUUCUUUGAAUAUGUAUUUUUCCUUUAAAUUUCUGCCUUUAAUUCUUUUGUUCCAAAGAUUGUGCUUUUUUUUUGUUUGUUUUUUGUUUUUUUUAACUGUGGUAAAAAAUAAUGCAUUUCCGUGUCUGUAUGUUGGUGCAUAGCUUAUCCUACCAAUCACGGAAGAGGCAAUUAAUGAUAAGGAAAGAUGUUAGGAACCAAUAUCAUGCAAUUAAUUGUGGACAAAGUUACUUACCUGGGUCUGGUGCUUGGCACCUGUGAGACAGGAGGAUGUGAGGGAGAGCCUCUUCCUGCUGUGUUUCUGCUCUUUGAAUGGACGCGUUGAUUGGCUUUGGCUGGAGAGAAGUAGUUGUUUGUAUUUGAAAAGAGGGGAGAUGCAGAGACUUCCAGCAUUUUAUCACCGUCUGACAUGCACACACUUGGAACGGUUUCAGUAGUGUCAGGACUGUAUAGUUGCCCAAAGACUUGGGGUAUUAACUGCAGUUGGGGACAAGACUUUGAAAUGAAUUCUUGAUAUCUCUCCCUCCACACACACCUAAUCCUAGUUGAUUGUUGUCCACUACUGGACUGUAACUGUCUGUCCUUCCUCUGCUUUCUAAGGUCUUUCUCCUUUACUGCCCCUCUUUUUCCUUUCUUUCCUUGAGGAUUGGGUGGUGUGAUGCUGCAAACGUGGGCAGUAACGGCAAUGGUUGAGAGUGCUUGUGUCUCGGACAUCAAGGAGUGGUUAGAUUUAUCGAGUGUUUGCAGCUUUAUGGGGAAGAAAGCUGGCUGAAGAACCCUGCAUCGGUGCCACACUGAGCUGCUCUGAGGUUCAGCAUUCAAAGUCCCUCUCUCUAUUCACCAUGAGCCACAUAGGCAUUGCUGCAAAUAAAUCAUUAAAGUAGUGUGAAGACAAUAAAUGAGUCAUGGAUCAGCUGCAGGGGGACGGGAGUGUGUGUGAGGGGAAGAGAGUGUGUUUUAUUUCAGAACGCUGUUCCUGAAGUGAUUUUGGAUAGCUCAGAUGUCUGGCGGUAGGCAGAAGCCGUUUGUACAAGCUCUGAAGUCAUAGGAACCUCCCAUCUCCUAGAUCUAGUUGGGGCCCUUAAAUAUUUAAUCUAGAGCCCCAGUGGCCAUUCAUCCAGCCUCUCAGUAUCCUGCAAAGAGCACCUGGACUGCUCAGUCCACAUUUACACUACAGACUGUAAGAUUCUAAAGCAGAGAGACUAUUUAGAAGGGCUCCACGGCUCCCAAGCCCAUCUUCCUUCUGCUCUUGUAACUAGAGUGAUUCUUCUAUUUUAAAAAGCAGGCAUUUUAUAGGUUGCUGCAAGGAGUAGCACUGUGGCAGGGAGCCGUUGCUCUCAACAGCUGAUUUUAGAACUCAGAGGAAUUGUUUCCCCUCCAGUUGUUAGUUAUUGCUAUACUCUCAGCAACUCUUGCAAUCAAAGGCAGAUUCUCUGAUGCUUUAUCUAACCCUAGACACUAGAGAAACAGAGAGAGAAGCACAAUUCCAUUUGGCUCCCUUGUCUAGCUGAAUUGGUCCGGGGGUGACUUUUCACUCCCUGCAGGGCAGUGUGGGGUGUGGAUUUGUAGCUAGAGCCUUUCAACUCCUGCCACCAUACACUUGCUUCUCUGUCAACAGUUGAUACCAGAAUAGGAAACCAGAUGCGUUGAACUUUAAGCAUUGUAAGUGAGCAGGGCUGUCUGGGAGGUGCACUGACCCAGCCAUGCACAAACACAUCUUUGCUCUUCCCCUCAGCAUACGUCCUCCCUGUGCCUGGCAGGGAGGAGGUGCCUGAAGUGGGAAGGAUCGGGGAGACAUGAGUUAAGCUAGAGACCCUAAAGCUAUUGAUUCUGUGGAAGAAUAGCUAGAACAAGGGGACACCAAACUGCCAGCCUGUUGGCCACUUUUUUCGUUUUUGUUUGUUGUUUUUGGUUUUUUUUUUCAAGCCAAAGUUUGGUUUGUUGCAGUUAUGACAAUUUUUGUUGUUUGUAUAUAAAUAUUUUAGUUAGAUUGAAAACGGGGUGGGGGGAGUGGGGUGUUGGGGCUUUCACAAAAUCAAGGAAAUGAGGGGACGGUGGGAUUUUUGGCUUUUACUGGUUGAGUGGGAAAAAAAAUUUUCCAUUAGAACUUCUAGUGUCAUAUUGAAAGGAAGCCAAUUUCCAUCAUGUGGCAGAUGGGGGUGGGAGACUCCUUUCUGGAGCUGAGACGCAGCAAAAGCCUCAAACGGAGUUCAUCAUAGCCACACCUAGGGUGGUGGGGGGAGUGAAAACAGGAUGUCUCUUUUCUUACUCUCAGGAAGGAGAAAUUGCUGAUGCUGUGGGGCCGCAGAGUGAGAGGGGGGACACAGCUUGCUUAGCACUGCAGUGACAGCCCCUUUCAUGUGUCUCAGUUCAGCUGGUUCUGACUGUAGCUUCUGAAAGGUCAAACUCCACUUUCUCAAGAGCCCUCCUGCACCAUGGCAGCGCAGCAUGUGGUUGGUUGCCCCCUUUCCUCUCCAUUUGUAGGGAAGGCUGAACACGCUUCUGCUUUUAAGUAGGGUCUGUGCUUGGCAAAUAUAACCCUGCUUAGUGCUGAGAAUCUGGGUUCUUGUCACAUAAGUGCCUGGGUUUUGCAGAGGGUGGGUCACCUAAUGCUUUAGCACCUACUGUCACCAACUUCUGAUCCACAAAGGCCAGGCCCCUAAUGCAUCGGUGGGGGCUGCCCUGAUCUAUUAAUCACUGUUCAAGGCCCCUCAGUGUAUUAGCACCUGGGUUUCCCUAAUUCCUACUCUGUGGUGACUGGGCUGGGGGGAAACUAAGCCCUUUGCCCUGCUGACUACAGAAGUUGGUUCUGUAAUUUUAGACAUUUACCAUCCAUACAGUCCAGGUGAUACUUUCCAAAACCAAGACCUCCCAGACAGCUUUUACCGCAGCUGGAUUUUUGCAGCAGGGUUGCACCUAUGAAUUCUGUGCCAUGGCAAGCAAGAGCCCUUCAUCCCUUCCUCCAUCCCACUUGGCAAACACAAGGACUCUGAUUCCACAGAUGACAUUUAAUGAAUUAGCUCAUGAUACGAAGGACCUAUUUCCAUUCAGAUUAGCCAAGCCUUGACUAUCAAUCUUUGAAGUAUCCAUUGUCCCAAAGAUUGAGGAAGGCCUAUAUCUCCCUAUGCAGAAUUAAUUAUACUCAGGCUUUUUACAGCGAUGAGUAGAAUGGGGGUAGAAAUGGGGCAGGCUUUUGUCACUGAGAACAUCUAGUACUUUUGCCCUGUAAUGAUCAGUGUUCAAGAGUUUCUCUCACACAGGACUUGGCUCAGGUCUUUAGCCACUUAGGUCUGGUCUGCCCCCCAGUGUUUGUACCAGUAUAACUAGUUUGGUUAGAGGGGUGAUUUUAAUGAUAUUGUUAUACUGGUACAAUCCUAAUGUGAGUGCUGUUAUAUUGGUAUAAAGGUGCAUUAUACCAGCAUAGCUUAUUCCCCUUUCCACAGGGGAAGAAGCUAUAUCAGUAUAAGUCUGGCGUAGGUAAAGCAGUACAACUUUUGUGUGUAGACAAGCCCUUAGUGUACCAAUUACCAACUUCUUAUAACCAGCCAUUUGUAGGGCAGGCAGUCAUGGAGGUCCUGUCUACAGUAGCGUUCAACCAUGCUAGCCAAAGCCAUACUUUUAAAUUAUAUUCUUAGAUAGCUGACCUCUGUGGGGGCAGUAGUGUGGUCCAGUGGGAUGGAGCACUAGGCUGCGAGUGGAGGACCUGGGUUCUGGUCUAGUCUAAUCUCUACCAAUGAUUCUGCAGUGUGACCGUGGACAGGUCAGUUCACCUCCCUGUGCUUCAGUUUUACCUAUCCACAAAGUGGGGAUAGUGAUACUUUAUCCUCCUUUUGUGAAGCCCUUUGAAACCAUGGAUGAAAAGUUCUAUAUGAGAUCUAAGUAAUGUCUGAAACCCCAGUAUAGGUAGGGCCGAACUGGUAUAAAAUGUUUAUAAAAGUAUUUCAUAGCCUAGCAGCUUUCUGGUGAGAAUCAUUCUUAAAUGAGGUCCUGGCUAUUGUGGUUUUUUGAGCUCUGCUAUGUAGGCACCUUAGGGGCUUUGCAAAUCUUCAUAUAACCCCCUUCGACCCCAGUCCCCAAGGAGAAGACAAGUAGAGAAUAGGUGUGGGGAGCACUUAGGAAUUCAAGAAGGGAAAAAAAUAUUGGCUCUGGGGAACUCUUCUUUUGCUGAGUCCAGCUCCAAAGGGAAACCACACGAGCAGCUUGGAGAAUAACUUGCUGCUUGCACCCCUCUAGUAUGGCCGCGUCUGAGGAGUCCAUGCCUUGGCGGAGGGGGAAGUGGUUUUUAAAGAGUGUGUUACUUGUUUGCACUGUUUUAAAAUAGGAGAAAAAAAACAAACUAGUGAACAAGGUGAACAUCCAAUGUAAACUUCGGUGUGUUUUUAUUUUGUCAUGCUCUUGAAAAUGUCAAACAUUUUGUAGUAUACACCAGUGAGACUUGAUUCUUUGUUGCAUAAAACACUAUUUUUUGGUGAUGUUACUGUCUGAAAAGCUCCUCCCUCCUUGUCCCCACCCUACUGAUCUCUCCCCCCCCCCCCCCAACUUAUUUUAUUCUAUAAUGAAAUCACCAGUCGACAAGGCAUGCAGGAAUGUGAUAGCCAGAGUAUGAAAUGGGGCCCUUUCCAAGUAGGAUUUGGGCAUCCUCCAGGGUGGAGUCCUUCCUGUAGCUCGCAGUAUGCAAUGUAACACCCCUACCCAGAACACACACAGGUUACAAAGCAAAUUGAACUAAGACGUCCAAGGCCAGAAUCGGUUGCCACCACUAACAGUGGAGGGGGACAUUCCAGAAGUGUUGUGACCACCUGCAGUUGUUGUCCUACCCAUGUUUCUGGCAGCAACCGGUGAAAGCUUACACAGGAAGAUGACAAAUAAGGUCAGUGCCAGUGCAGCCAGUCGGCAAAGACUGGUAGCAGAGUAAGAAUACAUCAGCCAGAACCUUGCCUUUAAGGGAAUUGCUGAUGUGUAAAGCCGUCCACCUGAGUAUUCAUUUGGCUGGCAAUCUGCAAAGUGCCAGUAAUCUAAGGAUUGAUUCUAAAGCUGGUCAAUAAGUCUCUCUUUUGCCAGAUUUUUUUUGGGGGGGGGGUGGGAGGGGGUCAGUUUGUUGCUUCCCUGAGGAGUGAUCUCGUUAAGGGAAUCUGGCCUCCCACAUAAAUAGUCUCAGCUUCAGUCACUUUCUUCUAUUUUUCUCUUGACAGUAUUUUUUGUGUGCGCGCGUGUUGUAGUUUUGGCAGCUGGGUUUGGCUGCGUUCUCAAGUGACGAAGUAAUCCUCUUUUACCCCAGGGCAUAUGAUUUGUUUUUCUUUUUAUGUUAUCAAUUCUGCUUGUAAAUAGCUGGAGCAAAAAAAAAAAAAAAAAAAAAACCUGGGGCCGAUAGCAAACGAGAACCAGGGCUGUAGAGCGAUAUGGAGCUGGUGGAGAGUUUACUGACCUCACGGGCAGAUCUGCCUGAGACUUGGAGCUUUUCAAUGCAAGGCUAAAAUUCCACGGAACCUCCAGUGGCAACGACUGACUUCGCCCCUUCAUGCAGUCUCCCCACCACCUUUCCAUUGCCAGGUACCCUCGGGACAUAGGAUGCAUCAAAAUUGGAUGCUUUCCUCUCCCCUGGAUCAUUUCCUAGGACGCCCAAGCUGCUUGUUCAGGGUCCCAUUUCUCUGCUGACUCUGGAGAAGCAGUACCUGCAUCCCGGGGCUUUGUGACCGUCUCUAACUUCUUGCCCCCCCCUCAUUAAGUAUCAUAUUGUAUAGUAGCUUUCAGACCAUACAGUAUUCAUUGGGUUACUCCUAUUAUUAUCAAGUAGCUGGAAUUGUGAAGGUCGGAGUAGUUAGAUCUUUAGCUUUUAUUCCUUUUUUUUGUAUUACUAUCCAUGUGUAUAAAUUAUUGAUCAUGUUGCUGGCUUUUAUAAACUCUAAGCAAGGGAGGAGCCCUUCCUCACCCUUUGCAAAUGGUAAUGAAGCACUGUUUUUAAAUAAAAGAGAGAAACACCA